CUGAAGAAUGUAAGUCAAAUUCUUCAGAAUAUCAAAGAUUCACUGGACAAGUGGCGAAGGGAAGUGAAAGAAAAGUUGGAGGCGGUCGACACGUUGUGCUUCGAAGAGGCCGAUUCACUCUCUCCCGAACAGCACGCUUUGCUUCGUGAAAGGCGAAAUCAGUUGACCAUCGACUAUGACAAUGUCGUUCGCGAGGUAGAAACUCUUCACGGAAGACUGAACGUCCUCGCCACUCUGUUGAUCGAAUUCUCUUCAAAAUCCUCGUCUCUGCAAUCGUGGAUGACCCAUCAGACUAGGGCCAUUGGCUUGAUUCGUGAAAGAUCUGCCGAACUGCAUCAUCUCAGCGAG